UGCCAUUUUGAUUAAAAAAAUCGGAUUCUAUCAAAAAAAAUUGAAAUCGUGAAACCCUAGGGAAAGUUUAAUUGUGUUCUAUUGUGUGGUGUCGACUUGGCGAAGCGAUUGCAGAAGCGAUAUCGUCGGGGAUUCGGACGGAGAUCUCGGUGGGUGGUUAAAUACAUAAUAGAUUUCAGUACAAAUUUGGGUUGGGUUUCGUUGGGAGAUUAUCUUGAAGGGAAAAUCAGCCGCGUUGUAACGAAAUAGAGGUUAGAAUCGGCGAGAAGAAACCGGUGAGUGGCGGGGUGCUAACGAAGAAGGUUGAGUCGAAAGAAUUUGGGUUAGUGAUGAAAAAAUCCAAAGUUAAAGGAUCAAGGGCAGAGAAGAGGUACCCUCCAAGGUUGUAUCCUGAAGGGAAAUCGUCUUUGCAAAGACGGAGCAUGCAUAAUAAUUGCACAUUGAGCAAUUUUGGAUUUAUGAAGGAGUGCAUUGGGGAAGAUAUGUACACGAAAAUCAAAGAGAAAUCGCAAGUAGGAGUUAUCUUAGAACUUGCGGAUAGUGAUUAUGUAUGGUGGCCAAAGUUGGUGCACUACAUAUUAACUCGACAACUGGCAAUAGAGAGGAGCUAUGAGAUGUGGGCAUUGAUUGAAGGGAGUCCUAUCAGGUUUUCUCUUUAUGAGUAUGAAGACAUAACAAGCCUGAAAUGUGAUAUGAUAGAUAAUGAGAAUAAAGUGGAUGUUGAUCACACUCAAUUCUGGGCUGAGUUAAAGGUUGAUGUAGGGGUUGGUCCAAACUGGUUUGAGUUGGAUGAAGCGAUGAAGAAUCAUCGGACCUUGCUUCCUCAAAUUAGAAAGAGGAUUGGACUGUUGUUUGUCCUUCAUGUUGGUAUAUUGGGACUAUCUCGGCCCAGCAGGAUUCCAUUAGAGUAUGCGAAACGAAUGCUGGAUAUUGAGGUGUUUGAGAGAUUUCCUUGGGGUCGUGUUGGAUUUAAGGAGUUGAAUCAGUCAAUUAAAAUUGUGUCCUUUGAGAACGACACAUAUGCUAUACAUGGAUGUGUACAUGUUCUAAUUGUAUGGGCAUUGGAAAGUUUGGUUAACUUUGGGAAAAAAUAUGGGAGGAAACGGAUCAUUGAUGAUGAUGAUGUCGAAGUUGUUGUGCCGCUUCUUUGCUGGGGUGGAGGCCGACCAAGGAUUUCAGUUGAAGCAACCUUAGUUGCAGAGAAGAAGUUAAAGAAAAAGGUUGACGUUAAGCAUUUGGUUUUCAGACGUGAAGAGGAUAUAUAUCCAAUGUGGCCAAGGGAAAAUGCAGUAUUUGGAGAAAGAGUUGGUGGAAAUAAGUUGUUGGAUAAUUUGCUACAUGAUCUUUUCCUCGGAUGUGUAGAUGAAAAAGAAUGGUCCGGUGAUGGAGAGGAGGGUGUCUUCGAGGACCCACCUCCUUUGAAGAAGUUUACGCCAUCUUCCUGCUCCUCCACGCACAAGAGAGCAAAAGGUCCGGUGAAGCUUAAAGAUUUAAAUGAUGAUGGUGCCGAUGAUGUUGAGCUGGAGGGCGGGGAUAAAGGGGCACUAAAAAGUGUAUUAAAGGUUUUGAGUACUCUUGAUUGGAAAAUUGAUGAAAUGAAUGAAAACUUGGGAGGGAAGUUGAAAAGUAUUGGUGAACAAGUGAAAGAGAUAGAAAAAAAGGUUUCAGUCCUUGAGAAUGAUGUGAUCCAGUUGAAGAAAGGAAAUUCUGGAUUACCUGAUAAGGCAGCUUUGGAAGAGAAUAGAGUUAGAGAAGAAGUUCUUGCUGCCCACGAUGAAGAAUCAAAAACAGGGGAGGCUGGUGGUUCUGCCGAGAAAGAUGAGUCAUGGGCAGUAAAGAUGAAGCAAACAUCGCAGGAAGAUUUUCCUUUUUCAUGUGCGGUGAGAAACCCUACUAAGAAAUCCAUGUUGCAAGCGAAGAAUGCUAAAAAUGUAAGAAAGGAAGGCCUUACUUGGAAGGAGAAGCUCUCGACCCCUAUUACAAAGCAACCUAUUGUUGUUUGCCUUCGAGAUACAAGUCAGGAAUUUACAACACCCAAGAACCAAUGUAUAACACCGUUUGCUUUAGGUGGGACUAUACGUGACCAACAAAAAGCUGGAGAGGUUGGUUGUACACAGGAAAAGCAACCCGCAUCGCCAGAUUCAGAUUCAGGUUUUUCAGACCCUAUUGAAAAUGCGGCUAGGAAAAAUAUUGAAUCGGCGCUAGACAAGUUGUAUUUGUUGUGUAAGGAUGAUGGAGAGAGUAGUCUACAUAAAAGGGAUAGAACCCUUGCAGCAACAAAGCUUGACCCCUACAUUGGGAGUUCGGUGGUUAAGCGCAUUCUUAAGGGGAAGGUACUUUCACCAAGGCAUUAUGAUCCUUUUGAGAAAGUGUCUGCAGGCAAGGUUGACAAGUUAAUGGGGUUCAUAGACAAUGAGCUAGAAACUGGUCUCGACACCUGCGACUCAUCAGCUAAUUUUUACUUAAGGAUAAUGACACCAAAGGAGUUGUGGCCUAAGAAAGAUCCGACUUACGGUUGGUUGAAGGAUGCGGUUUGUUUAUGACACAUUUACAGUUUAUAUGAAUGAAUAUUAUGGAAACAAUCGGAUACUAACGUUUUAUUUCGAACCUUGCAGCACUUGUGUCCACUGAUGCAUAUGCUUAGGAAAAUAUCUAUGCAGGCGUGUCCCCCUUCUUAACCGAUAGGAUUGCCUUCUUAGAUCCAUGGUUUGUCAAUCAAUGGAUGCAAGACUACAAGCAGUUUAACAGUCAGAAGAAUUGGUUGUUCACUGAUAUGUAUUUCAAAGUAUACAAUGGUCUCUACCCUAAUUACGGAGUCACGAAGAAGAGGUGGGUUGAUGAUGUUGAUGUUCUGUACUUUGCACACAACAUCAACAAUGACCAUUGGGUAGCUGUAGAAGUGGACUUAGUGGGCAGAAAAGUUAAAGUUUAUGACAAUAUAUGCAGCUUGUACAAAGAGGAUGAGGUUAUGAAGUCUUGCAAGCCAUAUAUGCGUAUGGUUCCAGCGUUGAUGCAUAUUGUCGCCACUCCUGAGAACAAAAAAAAGAUGAGUGCAAGGGCUUUCACGUUUUAUAGGUCUAAAACGUGUCCCCAAAACUUUUAGCAAGGGGAUUGUGGAAUUUUUGCAUUUAAAUAAAUCGAGUGUUUAGCUAUUGGCAUUUCAUACGAAGGUUUAUCUGAUGUUGCAAUGCCCGCCAUCCGACUAAAACUUGCUGCUGAGAUAUUUGAUGAGGUUCCAGACACUGAUUGCUUCAUCCAAAUGACUGACCCAAAACCUCGUGGUUCCGAUACUGGUGGCGUUGAGUUUCUGUCACAGCGAGCAGCCUUCAUAUAAUCACCGAGUUUCAUCAAGAAGGAACUCUUUUAUAUUAUGUACUCUAAGUUGCUAACCAAUAUUUUUUGAACUUCGACUGUGAUGUCCAAGAUUCAUUUUGUAUACAUUACAACGUUGCAUGUUCUUAGAUACAAAGUAUAGAACAUGCAAUUUUGUUAUGAUCUUGGGGUCGUAUUUUGUAAACAUGGGUUAUGUAUUUUGGGAUACAUAUGGCGGUGUAAAAGUUGAA